AUGGGUUCCGUGCAAACUUCGGGGCUGUGGCAGAAAAUUGCGGCGGCCAAAAAAGCCGAGCAAGCGUCGCGUAUCCCUUCUGAGUGGAAGCUCUCAGCAAAUACCCUGAAAGAUGCUGAGACAACCGUCGACCUGAGACCGAUCGCAGCUUCCUGCGGCAUCCUGUCCGCGCAAGAGCUCAAAAUCACUGAGGAGUACGAUGCCACAGGGCUGGCUGCCGAAGUCGCAAAGGGUACAUAUACCGCCGUUGAGGUCACAACGGCAUAUUGCAAAAGAGCCGCCAUCGCUCAACAACUCUUGAGCUGUCUGACCGAAAUACGAUUCCUGGAAGCAAUUGAAGAUGCCAAGAAGUUGGAUGAGGAAUUUAAGAAGACAGGAAAGCCAGAAUGCUUCAACUUCAAAGGAUUCGACUCCAGCAAUGCAUACAUCACCAGAUGCUUCGACCCAAUAACGUUCGAUUCUUACCUGAUCAAGAUCCUGAAGGCCGAGGGCGCUGUUUUUAUUGCAAAGACAAACAUUCCUCAAAGCAUGUUGGCCGCAGAAGCACACAACCAUGUCUUCGGCCAAACGAAGAACCCUGUAGUUUCUCACCUGAAUUGCGGUGGUAGCAGCGGAGGAGAAGGCGCAGUAUUGGCCUAUAAAGGCAGUGCAUUGGGCAUAGGCACAGAUGUUGCUGGUUCUAUCCGAUGUCCUUGUGCAGCAAACGGUGUGUACGGACUGAAACCUUCAAACGGAAUUUUCCCCAUGAUUUCCUAUGCGCCUUCGAACUGGCCAGGCAUGAACACUGGUAUCCCGGCUGUCUGUGGACCCAUGGGAUCAUCGGCGCGAGACCUCACCCUCUUCUAUCGACUUGUUCGCGACGCAAAACCGUGGCUAUAUGACCCGGCGUUGGUACCGGAGAAGUCCGAAUGCGACAUUUCGGAUCGUCGGCCUGUGGUUGGAGUGUUCACAGAAAGCGGCGGAUGCACACCACACCCUCCAGUCGUCCGUGCCAUCAAGGAAGCAGCAGCAAAACUGAAGGAAGCAGGAUUCGAGGUGCGAGAAUUUAUCCCUCCUAACUUCAAGGAGAUUCGAGAUUUGUCGCAUGAGCUUCUCUCUCUUGAUGGGCUAUCAUAUGCCAAGGGAGAAAUGGAGAAAGCCGGUGAACCGCCUGUUGUGUCAGUGCUCAAUUCCGGCUUCUGGGACAAAGAGCGAAAGACAUUCGAGGAAGCAUGGGCUUAUAACGCGAGGAAAAUCGCACUGCAAAAAAAGAUGUUGGACGCGUGGCAAGCAGCCAAGGUAGACGUUGUACUGGGCCCGGCAGGACCUCAUACGGCAGUCACGCCUAACGAGUGGACCAACUUCAUGUACACUGUAGCUUGGAACGUGGUGGAUUAUCCGGCCGUCAUUGUUCCCUUCACAACAGUAGACCCAGAGAAAGAUCCCAAGGAAACGUCUUUCAGUCCAAAAUCCGAACUGGAUGCACAGAACGAGGCCAUGUACGACCCGCAUCGUAUGGCGGGAGCCCCUGUUGCCAUUCAACUCGUGGGACCACGGCUCGGUGAUGAGCAGUUGCUGAAGGAUGUGGAAGCACUUGACAAUGUAUUCAAGGCCUGA